AUACAGAUUCUCUCCCGUAAUAAUGCAUACAACUAACUGCGGUUUUAACUAAAUUUAUCUCAAUAACUAAUUUUCCAUAACCCCUAGAACUAACAGUGUCAUCACAUAAUUGAUUUCCACUAACUCAAUCUAACAUGGUUAACUAUGACAAUCCCUCUGAAUCCAUAUAUAAUCAAUCCUGAUUCCAAUCAUUGCUCCUCUUGAAUCAUCUUUCACUCAUCAUUAAAAUCACUUUGCAAUCUUUCUCUCAUUCACUUUCAGAAUCUCUCUCACAUCACCACUCACACACAAGACUAAGAGAAACAAUCUCACACGCGCACAAUUCAACAAGAAUUUAGAAGCAGCAGGAAGUAAAAGAGAAAAAGAAAAAGGAAGAAUUGAACGCAAGAAGGAGGGAGAAUUGAAGUUUAUAUGAGAGCUCGUCUUCGUCUUCAUCUUCAAUUACGUUGAAUUCGAUCUCCACCGAGACAGAACGUCGCCUCGAAGAUAGGAAGUGUUUUGUUUGGCCAUCUGCCGCCGCCAAAUGCGGUUUCCGGUGCGGCGAAGAAGGGUGCUCAGGCCAAGGUUUUCAGGUGAGGUAUUUUUAGUCUUAACGUGUUAUGAAGUUGAACUUAAACUCUGCUCUCUCUCAUUUGUGUUGCACUUGGGCUUCAUUCAACCCUAGGCCCACUGCAAUUCAUUUUGGCACCUAUUUUUAACAAUACACCCACCUUGCCAACAUGGAUCACGACAGCAAUGGGCCUCAGUGCCUAGCCCACUGCAAUUUGUUCUUUGCACCCAAUUCGGGUUAUAUACCCCUGUUGAGCAUGAAACACAAAAACUCGAGCCUGCUCAGCGCCCUAUCCAACCAAAACACUUCUCACACCUAUAGUUCAACUUCAUACCCCUCCUCAUUUUCUCAUUAUUUUUCCUUUUCUUCUUUCAAUAUUUUGUUUAUAUCUUAUGCUUUUUUUUGCUUGAUACAUUAUUAGCAUGUUUUAUGCUUUUAAAAAAUAAAAAGAUCAUUUCCUUUUGCUUGAAAAUAAAAUUGGUUUAGUAAUUAAAACUCAACUAGGUUUAAUUGUAUUUUGUAAUUACUUUGAAAUACUUUGAAAAUAAAAUGAUUAAUUAGGUUAAUUGAUUUUAGCUUCAUUAAUCCUAUGAAAUAUGGUUCAUAUUAGAUUCUAAUCCACCCUUUUGAUAAAAAAAAACCCUUUGACCAUGAUGAUUCCAUGUAGAUCUUUUUGUUUAUUUUGAUCAUGAUCAAUUUUAAACCUAGUUUCUAAUUUGCAUUCUUGUUGCAUUCAUUUCUUUCGCAUGUUGCAUGGUUGUGAAUAUUCUUGAGCUUAUCAUUGACACUUGAUUGACUUUUUGGCAUGAUGCCAUAGUAUGCUUGUAUGAAUCUCUUCCCACUUCAUGUAUGGUGUAUCAUUCAUUCCUCCAUUGUGGGUAAAAUGUCCCUCAUUCCCAUGAACAAAUAAUAGUGUAGGAUUUACAUUUCUUUACUGCUUUCUUUGCAUGUUAACUAACAAGAUAAAAUCAAACCGAUAAAAAUAAAUUUUCAUAAGAAUUAAACACACUUGAUUAAACACCAAGUGCUUUUCAAAAUCAAGUUUACUUGAAAGCAACGCGAGUGCUUGAUCCAACAUCAAGUAUCUGAUCCACUUCAUUCCAUUCUAUUCUCACACUUCUAUCUCAUUCUCAUUCCAUUCACACCUUUCACAAGUAAAAAAUUCCAAAUAAGUGGUCCAACGUCCGGUCAUUUUCAAAACAUUUUCACAAUAAACUCGAAGAGAAAAAAUGAGGUAUAUGUACUUGUGCAUAAUAUUUUCAAGUACUUGGGUUGUCUGUCGUAUCUAGCUUGUCUUUCGAUACUUUAGUUCCAUUCAAAAUACUUAACAAUAAAAUGAGUUCAAUCUAGUGCUUUGAGAGUGAAAAAGAAUGGUUAGGAUGCCAUUGUCCUCUCAACUCCCGAGUAUUUGAUUGUCGGGUACUUAGUCGGUGGUUAGAUGCUUGUAUCCCCUAAGUACCAACGAUUAAACUCGCCAAACAAAUUUCAUAAACAAAAACUUUCAGGAUGAAAAAGAGAGGUUAGGAUGCAACUCUCCUCUCAACUCCCAAGUAUUUAGGUUGUAGGUCGUACUUAACUUGUGGUCUGAUACUUGUCUCCUACUCUAAAAUCAACAAAAGCUCAUCAAAUUCAACUUUCCGCCUUAUGGCAUGCAAAACCUUUUCACAAAUGACAUGUUUCUCCCGUUCUAUCACUGUAUGAUGAACGCUUAAGUCUCUCAUGCGCGAGCAUACAAAUAACGUUUAACUGCUAGAAUGCGACUCAAGCACGUUCUUUCUACCGCAAACAAACAAAUGCUUAAGUCUCUCAUGCACGAGCAUCCAAGCAACGUUAACUGCUAGAAUGCGAACGUUAACACUGUCUACUAAAAACAACCAACACACACUCAUUUUCUACUCGAAACUACAGAGUUCUAAUUUUCUUAUUGCACUAUAAGAAUACGUAGGUACGAGAUUGUAAGAUCUUGGCGAACACACUAAUUUAUAACUUAUUUUUUUCCCUUAAACCAAUCGCAAUUAACCUUCAGAUAUCAACACCCAUAUGGUUUCCGUUGAGUACAACGAAUGUGAGAGUUGCUAAUACCUUCCUCUUGCAUAACCGACUCCCGAAUUCGCUUUUGGCUGCGAUAACCAUUCUUUUAGAGUUUUAUCGAUAUUUUUCCUUUACUUUGAAAUAAAUAAAAUCUGAUGACGACUCUAUAUUUUUCACGGCGUGAUAGUAGUCAAACUAUCAAUAAGUUUUGUAUUUUUAUCAUAUUAUUAUUACACAUGAUUAAUCUUUAAGCUAUUGAGCAGGUCAUGUUUUAAAAAAAAUAGUUUUACUCAUUUCACCUCCUAAUUAUUCAAAUAUAUCAAAAUAUUAAGGGAAGAAUAUUUUUUAUAAUGUAUUUUUUCUUCGGAUAAACCUCUUGCAUUUUAGGCGAUAAAUUAAGCAUAUCAUAAUUUCAAAACAUCAGCCAUCAAACUCUACCAAAAUUAACAAGUGCCUAAAUUUAAGGAGACAGAGAUUUAGAAACCACAAAACAUGUUUAUGGUAAAACCUUGUCCAUACAUACAUAACAAAAUCCUUACCCAAUACAAGUCUUAAAACAAACAAACUAACUAACAUAGAAAUAAAUGUAAAAUUUCAAAAGGAUUAAUCAAUGUUAAUCACCCAAUGAACAAUCACCUUCAUCAUAUUUACCAUGAAAUCUAAUUAUUAUACUCCCAACAGUUACGAAGCAUUACAUGAUCAUAGAAGACACCAUCCCCUCGAAGGCUCAGGUUGUGGAUUCCUAAGGUGUUGUUGUUUCUGCCUAAGUUGUUGUCGAUGCUGUAUUUGCUGCAUCUGUCUAAUAAUUUUCAUCAUAGUGGCAAUUAUUAUAGCCUUCUAUUAUUUUCUUCAACCACACAUACCUACCUACAACGUUGAAAAUCUUGAUGUAAUAGGUUUCGAUCUACAAAACAACAAUAAGCUACACACUGACAUUAAUGUUGUUAUGAAAGCAGUGAAUCCAAAUGCAGGCAUUGGUUUGGAUUAUUUAGAAAAUGAAGUUAGUAUAUCGUAUUCCGGAACCAUAAUUUCUGUGGGGCAAUUUCAACCUUUCUUGCAAAAAGAGAAAGAAAUAACAAAUUUUAAUGUGACAUUGAAGGGAGAUAGUGAUUUUGAUCCUACAAUGCAAAAUAAACUGUUGCUAGAUCAAAAUUUAGGAAAUAUUCCUUUGUUAAUAAUGGUGAAGGUUCCUGUUAGGAUUGUGAUUGAUGAAAUAAUUCAUCUUAGGAAAGUUGUUGUUGAUGUGAAUUGUUCAUUGGUUAUAGAUCAGUUGAAACAGAACAAAAAGCCUAACAUUUUGAAGAAAGAUUUCAGUUAUGAUAUCCGUAUGUGAAGAGAUGUUUCUCUUUUCUAAAUUUGUAUAUAUAUUUUCUUUCGAAGAAGUCUAAAUUUUUUAAUUCAUAGAACUCAUAUUUUUGGCUAAUGAGAAACCUUAGACUUAGUGAAUGAUAAAAAGUUCUGCAUGGAAGAUAUCUAAUGAGUUUGCAAUGAAUCCAAAGAAUUAAGUAUCCACCUUAAAUAGUGCAUGAGUAAUUGAUGUUUGUAAAAAUAAUUACAGAUCCACCUUAAAUACCUCAAACUAGGGUGACUCCAAAUAUUCAUUAAAAUAGUUUUAAAUUAAUUAUUCUUACUAUAAUCAAGACCGACUUAAUAUGUUAUGUGGUUUAAAGCGAACAUUAAAAUAUAUUAGAAAAAAUUAAAAUUAAAUUUUACAAAAUAUUGUAUAAGAAAAUUUAAAAAUUGUAUCGAUUAUUUAUAUGUAUUUAAAAUUAUAUAUGAUCGUUGUAGACGUGAAAAAACUGGUAUAAAAUUUGGUUAUCUUGAUGAGAUGUGAUCUAGUUUGGACUUGAAUAAACUUUAUUAUCAGAUUUGAUUAUCUUGGUGAGAUAGCAAGUUCUAACAGCUAGUUGUUUGCUGAUGCUUUGAUUGGCGUCGGAGAUGGAACCUGCAAAUACUCUGACCCCAAAUAAGUAAUUGAAUGACGUAGAAGGGAGUAUUUUAGGUUUUUAAGAGUGUAUAUCUUCAUUUGAUGUUAUACUACCUCUUUUUAUAUGAUGAGGUUACAUGAUCUUACAAUUAUAUUGCCUUUGAACAGUUGGAUAUUUGCCUUUCUGACUGAUUUUUAGAGGAAAAUAUAUGUAUAAAUACUUGAAUGCUA